AUGGUGGACCUGGAAAACGAAGUGCCUCCUCUUCCUCCAAGAUACAGAUUUCGUGAUUUGCUCCUUGGAGAUCAAGGUUGGCAGGCAGAUGACAGGGUACAAGUUGAAUUUUAUGUGAAUGAAAAUACAUUCAAAGAACGUCUCAAGCUGUUUUUCAUCAAAAACCAAAGGUCAAGCCUAAGAAUACGUCUGUUCAACUUUUCUCUCAAGCUCCUGAGCUGCUGCUUAUACAUUAUUCGUGUCUUACUUGAUGAUCCCAGAGAAAGAAAUGGAUGGUCUCCUUUAAUCUGGGUAGAUAGAAGUCUUCCCUUGUGGGGUUUACAGGUUACAGUGGCCUUGAUAAGUUUCUUUGAAACAAUGUUGCUGGCUUAUCUCAGCUAUAAGGGGAACAUUUGGGAACAAAUUCUACGAAUACCCUUCAUCCUGGAGAUGAUCAACACUGUGCCCUUUAUCAUCACAAUAUUUUGGUCUCCAUUAAGGAAUCUAUUCAUCCCAGUUUUUCUGAACUGCUGGUUAGCCAAGCAUGCCCUGGAGAAUAUGAUUAAUGAUCUUCACAGAGCUAUCCAGCGAACCCAAUCUGCUAUGUUCAAUCAGGUUCUUAUUCUUAUAUCCACUUUACUGUGCCUCAUUUUUACUUGCAUCUGUGGAAUACAACAUUUGGAAAGAGCAGGGAAUAAUUUGACCCUGUUUGACUCACUUUACUUCUGCAUUGUUACCUUCUCUACUGUGGGGUUUGGUGAUGUCACACCCCAGAUUUGGCCCUCCAAAUUAUUGGUAGUCAUCAUGAUCUGCGUUGCCCUCGUGGUGCUGCCUAUACAGUUUGAACAGCUGGCCUAUCUGUGGAUGGAGAGGCAGAAAUCAGGAGGAAACUAUAGUCGCCAUAGAGCUCAGACAGAGAAACACGUCGUUCUGUGUGUCACCUCUUUGAAGAUUGACCUGCUAAUGGAUUUUUUGAAUGAAUUCUACGCUCAUCCCAGGCUGCAGGAUUACUACGUGGUGAUCCUCUGUCCUACUGAAAUGGAUUUACAGGUUCGAAGAGUCUUGCAAAUUCCAAUGUGGGCACAAAGAGUAAUUUACCUACAGGGAUCAGCAUUGAAGGACCAAGACCUUUUAAGAGCCAAAAUGGAUGAUGCUGAAGCCUGUUUUAUCCUUAGCAGUCGAUAUGAAGUUGACAGGACAGCUGCUGAUCACCAAACUAUUCUGAGGGCCUGGGCUGUCAAAGACUUUGCACCAAAGUGUCCCCUCUACGUUCAGAUACUGAAACCUGAGAACAAGUUCCAUGUCAAAUUUGCAGAUCACGUUGUAUGUGAAGAGGAAUUCAAAUAUGCCAUGCUGGCCUUAAAUUGCAUCUGUCCAGCCACAUCAACACUGAUUACUCUGCUUGUUCAUACUUCCAGGGGACAGGAUGGCCACCAAUCCCAUGAGCAAUGGCAAAAGAUGUAUGGCAAGUGCUCAGGCAAUGAAGUCUAUCACAUUAAGAUGGAAGAAAGCACAUUCUUCACAGAGUAUGAGGGGAAGAGCUUUACUUACACUUCCUUUCAUGCACAUAAAAAGUACGGAGCCUGUCUGAUUGGUGUGAAGAGGGAAGAAAACAAAAAUAUUUUGCUUAAUCCAGGACCACAAUAUAUCAUGAGUUCCACAGACAUCUGUUUUUAUAUUAACAUUACCAAGGAAGAAAACUCAGCUUUUAUAAAGCAAAAUGAACAAAGCAUAAAUAGUAUAUCAAAUACUAUAUAUCAUGGAGCUUCCAGAUUACCUGUUCACAGCAUCAUUGCUAGUAUGGGCACAGUAGCCAUAGACCUACAAGAUACAAGAUGUAGACCUCCAACUGGUCCUACCUUGACCCUUCCUUCAGAUGGAGGUAAAGAAAGUAGAAGGCCCAGUAUUGCUCCUGUUUUAGAAGUAGCAGAUGUUUCAUCUAUUCAAGCCUGUGACCUUCUAAGUGACCACUCAGAGGAUGAAGCAAAUCAUUCUGAUGAGGAAGCAGCAUCAGUGCCUGAGUAUGUUAAAGGAUAUCCUCCAAACUCGCCUUAUAUUGGAAGCUCUCCAACUUUGUGCCACCUACUGCAGGAGAAAGUCCCAUUCUGCUGUCUCAGAUUAGAUAAGGGGUGCCAACAUAAUUGCUAUGAAGAUGCAAAAGCAUAUGGGUUCAGGAACAAACUUAUCAUUGUUUCUGCAGAAACAGCUGGAAAUGGAUUGUACAACUUUAUUGUUCCUCUUAGAGCUUACUACAGACCAAAGAAAGAGUUAAAUCCCAUAGUAUUACUUCUGGAUAAUCCGCCAGAUGUACAUUUUCUGGAAGCAAUCUGCUGGUUUCCAAUGGUUUACUACAUGGUUGGCUCUAUUGACAACCUAGAUGAUCUACUAAGGUGUGGAGUGACAUUUGCUGCCAAUAUGGUUGUGGUAGACAAAGAAAGUACCAUGAGUGCUGAAGAAGAUUACAUGGCGGAUGCCAAAACUAUAGUAAAUGUGCAAACGCUUUUUAGGCUAUUCUCCAGUCUCAGCAUUAUCACAGAAUUGACUCAUCCAGCCAAUAUGAGGUUCAUGCAGUUCAGAGCCAAAGACUGCUAUUCGCUGGCUUUGUCUAAACUUGAGAAGAAAGAACGUGAGAAAGGUUCCAAUCUGGCGUUCAUGUUCCGUCAACCAUUUGCUGCUGGGAGAGUCUUCAGCAUCAGCAUGCUAGAUACACUGUUGUACCAGUCAUUUGUGAAGGACUACAUGAUCUCAAUCGCAAGGCUGCUUUUAGGGCUGGAUACCACACCAGGUUCUGGAUUUCUCUGUGCAAUGAAGAUCACAGAGGACGAUCUGUGGAUCAGGACAUAUGGGCGGCUUUAUCAGAAGCUUUGCUCUUCAUCAGGAGACAUUCCCAUUGGUAUUUAUCGGACAGAGUCACAAAAACUGGCAACAUCAGAGUCUCAAGUAUCCAUUAGUGUCGAGGACUGGGAAGAUACGAAAGAUACCAAAGAGCACAUGAGUUAUUGCACCAAUCACUAUCAUCGGAACUCUACAUCCAGUGACCAAUCAGAUCAUCCUUUACUGAGGCGCAAAAGCAUGCAGUGGGCAAGGCGGCUUAGCAGAAAAGCACCAAAGCACUCCAGUAAAGUAACAGAAAGGAUAAGUCGUCAGCGCAUGACGUUGUGCAAAAGGUCAGAGAGACAAGAACUGGCUGAACUAGUAAAAACCCGAAUGAAGCAUCUAGGCCUUUCAACGACAGGUUAUGAUGAAAUGAACGAUCACCAGAACACUCUAUCAUAUAUUCUCAUCAAUCCUUCGCCAGAUAUAAGACUGGAACUAAAUGAUGUUGUCUACCUGAUCCGCCCUGAUCCGUUGGCUUAUGUCCCAAACAGUAAACCCAGUCUCAAGAUCAGUGUCUGUAACAAUAGUGGGGGUGGACAGGACACAAAGGAUGACACCCAGCUUUAA